AUGCCUUUAAAUAAAUAUUCCAACUUUAAUCUUCCAACUCUUGAAUCACUAUCCCAUAGUUUGAAAGAUGGAUAUGAAGUCAAAUUGGCCACUAGAAAUAUUGAGAAAGCUCAACAGUUUGCCAAGAAAAGACCGCAGUUCUCAUCUCUGAUUGAACCUGUUCAGAUUACGGAUUUUACAAGCAAAAGCACCGAAAACCCCUUCAUCAAUGCAGUUAAGGGGUGUGACGGAAUUAUCCACGCUGCCAGUCCUUUGAGCUAUGAUGUAAAGGAUGUGGAGGAGGAGCUGAUUAAACCUGCCAUCCACGGUGUUAGGGUUGUGUUGGAGGCUGCUGUUACAGAACCAAGGGUUAAACGGAUAGUAUUGACAUCCUCUUUUGCAUCCGUUAUGGAUGUCUCUAGAGGUUCUGGACCAGGCUUCACCUAUACCGGAGCCGAUUGGAACCCACUUACUUAUGAAGAAGCUUGUGAGGCAGAUGCUAUUAUCGGUUACCGUGGAUCGAAGAAAUAUGCCGAACUGGAGGCUUGGAACUUCAUUGAAAAGGAGAAACCUCAGUUUGACUUGGUGACCUUUUGUCCUCCCAUGACUUUUGGUCCUGUAGUUCAUCCAGUGGACAAAGUGGAGGAGCUCAACCUCUCGAAUGACAUGCUCUGGCAGGUCUACUCAGGGGUAGAUCCUUUACCUGUUGCUAGAGUUUCCGUGUGGGUUGACGUCAGAGAUUUAGCUAAGGCUCAUGUUCAGGCUUUAGUGAGACCAUCAGCUGGAAAUAAAAGAUACGUUCCAUCAGCUCCAGACAAGUUCUCCUAUGCACUUGCUGCGAAGAUUAUGAAGGACCAUGGCCUUGGAGAUCGCAUUCCUGAUAAACUUAUUUCUAAACAGGAUCUGAAUCCAAUAGGGUACAACCUGGACCAUGAGGCAGUUACCAAGGAGCUUGGAGUGGAGUUUCAUAGUUUUGAGCAAUGUGUUGUGGACUCUAUCAGACAGUUUCGGGCUAUUCAACAGGGCCCUUUAUAG